AUGGAUGACGAUGGGGCGAGCGAAACAUAUCCAGAGAUUGACAGUGUGUCAGCCUCAGUAUUAAAAGCUGCUGGUGUGAAGAUGACCAUGUUGCCCAGCCUCACUAAGGAGGAUUUGCGAGACCUGUUUCCUGGACCAGAAAACUUUUUAAGAAGAAGACACAUUUGGCAACUUGUUCAUGGUGAUGUGGAGAGUCAGAAAUCCAAUUGCCCAGUCCUUGACACUUCUGUCUCUUCACCUGCCUCAUCAGUCGCCUCGUCCUCUGCCUCCACUGUGAUCCUAGAGAAGUCAACUCCAUCUACUUCCCAAGAGGAUCUCUUGAGUGGUAGACGGGCUUUCAUUGACUCUGAUGUGAUGAAGGAACAGGACAGGCCUACGAAGAUACUGCAGGCUUAUCCAUGUUUUAAAGAACUUAGCCAUAUCAUCGAUGAACUUCACCGAAUCCUUGCAAGAGGAAACCCCUUCUUCACAAUGGAGCUGAAGAAACGUUGGCUGAGAUUUUUUAACCAGGCGCAGUUUUAUGGGGUGUUCAAAAAAUUCAUAGGGCCACCAUUGCAGGACCAAGUAAAGAAUGCACUUGCUGUCCUGAAAGUACUGCCUCAGAUGUUCCCUUCGCAUGUAGGUCUGCCGAAGAGGUUGGGACACCCAAGUGAUGCUUUGUUUCACAUUUUGACGUCAGCAGAGGACCCCAACACUUAUCUUCAAUCAAGACCCUUGGUCAGCCCUGUGGUGAUUGUCUGUGAGACAAACUGCAUCCUGGCCAUUGGAACGGUUCCUCUGCUUACUUUCCCCAAAGAAGACCUCAGUGAAAGUGUGAUGUAUCUCCUUGGCUGUUAUUACACCUUUCACCUCACAUACCCUAAGUGCAUUGGUACCCUCCUGUCUGUGCUACAGACGGACGUUUUGUUAGAUGCCAUCCAUGAGAAGGACAUGACUACUUCCUACAAAAAAGCUAUGGCUGAAUGGAGAAAGUUUCAUGAAUAA